GAAGAAGGGGGAGACAGCCAAUGGCAGCAGGGCGGCCCUGAGCUCUCAGCCAAUAGGAAAGGGGUGGGCGGGGUACCCAAAUCUGGCUAGGGUCCGGUCCUGGUGCUGUGGCCCCCAGAAGAUUGUGGCCCUGGGCAGUGAGUGGUGCGCUCAGGUGGACCAUGUGGAAGCUGGUAGUCUGGCUGUCCCUGGUGACAGGGCUGGUGGCUGGCACCCAGUGCCCCGAUGGGCAGGUGUGUCCUAAGGCCUGCUGCAAGCAACCAGGAAGGACUGGCUACAGUUGCUGUGAUUCACCUUGGGAUCCACAACCAUCCAUACCUGUAGCAAAGAAUGUACACCUGGGCGUCACAUGCCAGGGUGAUUCCCGUUGUCCCGUUGGCUUCUCCUGCCUCCUCACCCCUUUGGGGAACUACAGCUGCUGCCCCUACCCAGAGGCUGUGGCAUGUGGUAACGGGCACCACUGCUGUCCUCGUGGCUUCCACUGCAGCUCAGAUGGGCAUUCCUGCUUUAAGGUACAAGGAGCUAACUCCAGGGCAGUGAAAUGCCCAGACAGCCAGUUCGAAUGCCCCAAUGAUUCUACCUGCUGUGUGAUGCCAGAUGGCUCCUGGGGCUGUUGCCCUAUGCCCCAGGCUUCUUGCUGUGAAGACAAAGUUCACUGCUGCCCCCGAGGCACUUCCUGUGACCUGGCUCAUGCCCGCUGCCUCACAGCUGGCGGUGGUACCUACCCACUGGCACGAAAAACCCCUGCUCAAAAGGAAGGGAGGAUGGUCACCAAAGUGAUUUGUCCAGAUGCCCGUUCCCAGUGUGAUGAGGGCACUACCUGCUGCCAGCUGCCCAGCGGAUCAUACGGCUGCUGCCCUUUGCCAGAUGCCGUCUGUUGCCCAGACCGAGUGCACUGCUGCCCCGAGGGCACUGUGUGUGACAUGCAGAAGAGUAAAUGCCUCUCCACAAAGGGGGACAUCUCUGACUUUGUUACCAAGCUGCCUGCACAGAAAGUUCAGGAUGUACAGUGUGGUGAAGAAAUGAGCUGCCCAAACGGCAACACCUGCUGCCGCCUGAUAUCUGGGACCUGGGGAUGUUGCCCAUUUCCUGAGGCCAAUUGCUGUGAGGACUACGUCCACUGCUGCCCCCACGGCUAUCACUGUGACCUAGAUUUGAGCCAGUGUGAAAAAGAGGCCAGCGACACGUUGCUGCUGGGGAGCGCCAUGACUUCCCUUGUUACCAUAAGCAGUGUCGCCUGUGACAAUACCACCAGCUGUCCCCCCAACAGCACCUGCUGCCUCCUGGAAUUGGGGAUGUGGGGCUGCUGCCCUGCCCCAGAGGCCGUGUGCUGUCCUGACCACAAGCACUGCUGCCCCCAUGGCUUUGUCUGCCACCCGGAGGGCUGUAAGACCCAGCACCACUUAGUGCCCUGGCUGCAGAAGGUACCAGCCUCCCGGAAGCUGGCCUCCUCUUCUGUGGAUUGUGACCAGCACACCAGGUGCCCAGAUGGUCAGACCUGCUGUCCCAGCCUUCGAGGAGGCUGGGCCUGCUGCCAGCUGCCCCAUGCCGUCUGCUGUGAGGAUAGAAAGCACUGCUGCCCAUCAGGCUAUACCUGCAAUGUGGAGGCCAGGGCCUGUGAGAAACAAGACUGGGUCCAGCCCCCCACCUCCUCCCUGCCCCUCGUGCUGGGGUCGGACAGUGGGGACGUGCAGUGUGGGGGCCGCCGCUACUGCCAUACCUCCCAGACCUGCUGCCGGAACACAGCAGGGGGCUGGUCGUGCUGCCCACUCGCUAAGGGUGUGUGCUGCUCUGACGGCCAGCACUGCUGCCCCGAGGGCUUCCGCUGCGGGGCCAAGGGCACCAAGUGUAUUCGGAAGAAGAAGCAGCUUCGAUGGGAUACCUUCUCCUCGACCCUGCUCUGAGUGGGACGGGACCCCCAGGGCUCCCCCAUCUCUCUCCUCCAAGCACUCCAGCCCAGCCGUGAGGGCGCUGCUGCUGGAGCAGUUUGCUCAGGCCUCCUCAGUUGUGGCUCUCCCCACACUGGGUCUUCCCAGCCCCUUCCUCCUCAGGUUCCACGUCAUCAUGGGCAUUCAGCCCCUUGGGAGGAGUGCCAGUCCAUGCUUUCCCCCUCAGAUCACAGCCUUGGCUUUCAGGGGCUUGGGGUGGGCAGCACCAAGGCAAGAGGAAAGCCUCUACCACUAUGAUUCUCCAUGGCCCUUGGGCACCUUGGUUUGGGGGGAGGUGCCCCUUAACUUUGAGGGCUCCGUUUGUCAGGCUGCUCUCUCCUCUGCCCAGAGAGGACCUUUGCGAGGGGGUGACAUAGCACAAUAAAAUUUAUACAGUUUGUUAAA